GUAUUAUUCGCAGAUUUAUCUAUGAGCGAUGUGUCGAAAGAUUACGCUGCAGCCUCAUGGGACACAUAUAAAAGCCCGGCAGAGAAGGGAUGGAGAUCAGUGUGCCUAUCCGUGGACAUACAGCAGCACAGUCAUGAAGCUGGUGGUAUUUUUCGCUGUGCUGGUGGCGGCGGCGGCCCGGCCUCAGGGGGACGGUGCCGAACUGCUGCGCUACGAGAGCCAGCAGAACGAGGACGGCUCGUUCCAGUACAACUUCGAGACGAGCGACCCGAUCCUGGUGGACAGCGCCGGCCAGCAGCGCCAGAUCGGCGACCAGGCCGGCAUCGUCAUGCAGGGCAGCUACACGUUCCGCACGCCCGAGGGUCAGCAGGUCACCAUCGACUGGGUGGCCGACGAGAAGGGCUUCCAGCCGCGCGGCGACGCCAUCCCCGUGGCGCCGCAGACCUCCUAGGGAGGACACAAUGGCGUUCGGCUCAUUCAUCAAUGACAUGACAGUGUGAUUGCACCGAAACUUGGUUUUACAUGAAAUAUAUUCAUCACGCUCAUUUACCCUGCAUACCUAAGAAUAUGGCAAAAUGUCAUAGCAUGAUGAUUAGUCAGAGAGAGAAGGACAGGAGGAACGUCGCAUGAUGGCGCUCAAAAAGGUAACUUUUUGCAACCAAAAAUAAACUCAAGUGAUACACAUGUAAGAAUAAAC